AUGGUGAACGACGACAACGUCCAAGCCGCAAAGGAACAGCCUUCAGUGUCCUCGGACAAAGCUUCCAUCAGACUGGCCAAAGUUGUCUCGGAAAGUGGCGCCGAUGAGACUUUGCAGCUGCUCGAGGAGCAUGGCGCCAAUGUCGGCGAGCUGACGCCUGAGAUUGAAGGGAAGCUCAAGGCGAAAAUUCGUAACCAUAUCCUGGUGCUUGUCAUCAUCAUCGAUCUUAUGCUCUAUAUCGACAAGGCGACUCUGUCUUAUGCUGCCCUACUGGGUAUAUACGAGGAGACUGGAAUCAAUGACACCCAGUACAAUAAUCUCAACACGCUUUUCUAUGCUGGAUACAUGGUCGCCCAGAUCCCCGGUCAUUACCUGAUGCAGAAGCUGCCGCUGGGACGAUUUGUCACCAUCUCAGUAUUCCUCUGGUCGGUAGUGGUCUUUCUCCACUGCACAGCUAAGAGCUAUGGCGGCCUCAUCCCCCUGCGGUUCUUCCUAGGUUUCUUCGAGUCUUGUCUCGUCCCAGCUAUGGAGGUGACAAUGGGCAUGUUCUUCACCCCGGCCGAGGCUGUGCGUUAUCAGCCGCUGUUCUGGACCUCCUGCCUCGCAUCUCCCAUCCCGGCUGGGUUUAUCGCAUAUGGGCUCCUACACAUUCAAUCGCAGGCCGUCCUGCCGUGGAAAUUUUUCAUGAUUAUUACCGGCGGUAUCACUCUGUUCAUUGCAGUGUACACCUUCUUCUUCUACCCGGAUAACCCAGCGAAAGCCAGCUUCCUGACCCUCGACGAGCGUGUCCACACAAUCCGACGGAUCCACGCCGCGACAAAGUCGUCCAUCGAGCAAAAGAUGGUCAAGAAGUCCCAGAUUUAUGAGACCCUCCGCGACCCGGUCUCCUGGCUCUUCUUCCUGACCGCGCUGGCAAACCAGCUUUCCAAUAACCUUGCGUAUCAACAGAACCUACUCUUCCUCGCCAUCGGCGUCGACACCCUCGGGUCGACGCUCGUGUCCGCCGCCGGCGGUGCCUUCGCCGUGGUGUGUUCCGUCUUCGCCACCGUCUUCCUCAAGCUUUUCCCCGGCCGCACCGCGUUCUGGGGCGCCUUCUGGUCCAUGUUUGCCGUCGCAGGCGGUAUCGGCAUGGUUGCGAUCAAAUGGACUGAACGGCUGCCGCUCCUCGCCUGCAUGCUGCUUGCUGGCUCGACGUUCGGAAUCACAUACAUCAUCGCCCUCGGAUGGAACACGGCGACAGCGGGUGGGUACACCAAGAAGUUAUUCCGAAAUGUGAUAUGGAUGGUGGGCUAUAGCGUGGCGAAUCUGGUGAGCCCGCAGAUCUGGGCUGAGAAGGACGGGCCGCGUUACUAUGGGGCUUGGAUCACGCAAAUUGUGGUCAGUUGGAUUGGGGCUCCGCUCUGCAUGUUUGCGAUUCACUUCAUCCUGUCGCGAAGAAACAAAGAGCGAAAAGGGUGGAUCGCGGAACAGGAGGCAUUGGGGUACCGGCCUGUUGGUAUGGUCCAGGUCGAAAAAGACGGCAGCACUGUGCAGGUUGAGGCAGACAUCUCGCUGCUGGAUCUUACGGACUUGGAAAACAAGUACUUCCUGUACCAGCUGUGA